CCCCUCGACACCUUCUUCUUCUCCUUCGCCCCCCAGGGCUUCGUCCACAACCCCGCCAAGUCGCCCGUCAACUCGUGGAAGGCCCUCUGCGCGUUCAAGUCCUGGAACAAGCAGCCCAAAGACCACCCGCCCAUGAAAAAGGCAUGGAAGAGGUACCAACAGGCCCUCGUCAAAGAAGUCCAGCUCUACUUUGGCGAUAUCGACGAUAUUGCUGCUUGGAAGACGGUUUGUAGGGCUGUGGGGUGUGAGGAUCCGCCUGAUGAGAUUUCGAAAUGCAAGGCCAUCCUGAAAAAGACUCACGUCAACAUUGUGGACUUGGUCGACUGGGCUAAAAGGGGGGGCGAAGAAAGCGGCAAGAAAGUCAAAGUGUUCAGGUCCAUGGCACAGCUGAGCGAGUACACUCGGAGUACCAACAAGAUUUUCCCAAAGAGCCAGACGAAGAACUCUGAGGGACGAAAUAUAGUGUUGAAGUUCUUGCUGAGGCAGAUA